AUGGACGAGCUUGAAAUAAGGUCAUAUCAGGUCGGCGGGUGUACUUUUGAUCUAACUGGCAGCGCUUGUACCGACAUCCUUACAAAGGAGAGUGUGGCUAUCAAGAAGAUACCCAAACCGUUCGGCUCCAAAGUCGAUGCAAAAAGGACUAUCAGAGAGGUCAAAUUACUCCGACAUCUUUCUCAUGAAAAUAUCAUUUCCUUGCGCGAUAUCUUUGUCUCGCCUCUCGAUGACAUCUACCUUGUCACUGAGCUUCUAGCCACUGAUCUCGCACAUAUCGUUCGGUUCAGACCUCUGGAGAAUCAGUUUGUCCAGUAUUUCUUUUAUCAAAUUAUGCGUGCCUUAAAGUAUAUCCACUCCGCCGGCGUAGUCCACCGAGAUCUCAAACCAAGCAACAUCUUAAUAGAUGAGAAUUGUGACCUCAAAAUCUGCGACUUCGGUUUGGCACGAACUGUCGAUCUAAAGAUGACAGGCUAUGUGACAACGAGAUUCUACCGAGCCCCCGAGACGAUGCUCACUUGGCAGAAAUAUAACGUUGAGGUCGACAUGUGGAGUGCAGGCUGCAUACUAGCCGAGAUGAUUGAAGGAUCGCCUCUGUUCCCGGGACGGAAUCACACAGAUCAGUUUCUGGUAAUUUCUGAUCUUCUGGGCUCUAUUCCCUGUGAUGUGAUCCAGACUAUAUGCUCUAAGAGCACAUCGGAGUAUAUCACCGGUCUACCUGAACGCGCGAAGGUGCCUUUUGCAAAUAAAAUUAAACAAGCUCUUCCAGACGCUCUCGACUUAUUGGAACAGCUACUGGUGUGGAAUCCCGAGCAACGAAUAACAGCCGAAGCUGCUUUAUCUCACCCAUAUUUGAGUGUAUACCACGAUCCUAGCGACGAGCCUACCGCAAACCAAACAUUUGAUUGGUCUAGUAUAGAUGCCGACCAUGGUAUCGACACGUGGAAGACUCUCGUAUAUUCUGAGAUUCUGGACCAUUUCGGCGGUGUCAGCACCACUUGA